AUGAUCAAAAAGGAAAACGAUUUUGCAAGAAAAAGACAAAUUCAUACAGCCAAUUCUACGUCCUCUACUAGGGAAGUAGAUUUGACCAUCAUCUGGGGUAACAAGAACAAGAAUGUCAGAUUAUCAGCAGAGAGACCUCUGUUUGAUCUCUUCACUCAGUUCAACCCAAAAGAAGAGAUGUACACUAAGUACAAUUCAGUGAGAUUCCUGCACAAAGGAGAGAUCUACAGGAAUAUUGACCAGAAGCUUAAUGAACUCUAAAAGACUUAAAGAGCAGAGACCAUAUUGUCAUGAUCACGCAUGAGAAAACCCAAGUUGAUAUCCAGGUAGAGCAGGAAAGAGAGGAAAUUGAGAGAGCAGCAGAGUUCGAUCCAACGAGGUACACAUCUAAUAAUUUUGCAUUCAUCGGAGCAGGGAUCGUUAUAGUAGUGAUCCUUUAUUACUGGGUCAAGCUAAACUUCAUUGAUUAACACGUUUCAAU